CCCGGGGAGUCUGUUGCCCCCUCCCCCCUUACCAAAUGGCGGCCCUGCCCAGUAUUUGCUACAGGCAACGGUGGAUGUUCGUUUAAGCAGAGUAGGGGGAGGGCGUUUGCUGCGCUAUGGUAACCCUGGUUCUCUGUCAGUCCCCGCAAUCUAGCGUUACCAUGCACCCCCGGGGGGAAGCUCCCCUUUAUUUACCCCAGGCUGCCAGCGUUCCUAUUACUGUAACCCCCAGUCACAUGCGAGGCAGAGGAGGUAGAGGCACCGGUCAGCUGCAGCCCUCCCCGGGAUUACCGCGAUCUGCAGCCGGAACUGGCCCCCCAUCCCCCGUGUCAUUGCCGCCCCUCAGAACCGGCAAUCCAACGCAUACGACUGGAGGCAAUAAGCACACAAUGAAUGAACAUCUACAUGUGACCAGCCAUGGACAAAUCCAGGUGCAACAACUGUUUGAAGAGAACAGCAACAAAAGAACUGUCCUGACAACACAACCAAAUGGGCUUACAACUGUUGGCAAAUCUACUUUACCUGUAGUUUCAGAGAGGCAGCUUGAAAGUACUCAUAGAAGACAAGGAAGCUCUAGCUCUUUAAAAUCAGCAGAGGGCAUAACCAAGUUGAAGUCUUCUUCAUUAACUCCUGAACAAGCAAUGAAGCAAUACAUGCAGAAGUUGACUGCUUUUGAGCACCAUGAAAUCUUUAAUUACCCUGAAAUUUAUUUUUUGGGUCCAAAUGCUAAAAAACGACAAGGUGUAAUUGGCGGCCCAAACAAUGGUGGCUAUGAUGAUGAUCAGGGCUCAUAUGUACAAGUGCCGCACGAUCAUGUUGCCUACAGGUAUGAAGUUCUGAAGGUUAUUGGAAAAGGAAGUUUUGGGCAAGUUGUGAAAGCUUAUGACCACAAACUUCAUCAGCAUGUGGCACUAAAAAUGGUAAGGAAUGAAAAGCGUUUUCAUCGGCAGGCUGCAGAGGAAAUCAGAAUUCUAGAACACCUGAAAAAACAAGAUAAAGAUAACAAUAUGAAUGUCAUUCACAUGCUGGAGAACUUCACAUUCCGCAAUCAUAUAUGUAUGACAUUUGAAUUAUUGAGUAUGAAUCUCUAUGAACUGAUCAAGAAGAAUAAAUUUCAGGGCUUUAGCUUGCCUUUAGUUCGCAAGUUUGCUCACUCAAUCUUGCAGUGCUUGGAUGCUUUGCACAAAAACAGAAUAAUCCACUGUGACCUUAAACCUGAAAACAUUCUGUUGAAACAACAGGGCAGAAGUGGCAUUAAAGUUAUUGAUUUUGGUUCUAGUUGUUAUGAGCACCAGCGUGUGUAUACAUACAUACAAUCACGUUUCUACCGGGCACCAGAAGUUAUUCUUGGUGGUCGCUAUGGGAUGCCUAUUGAUAUGUGGAGCUUGGGUUGUAUUCUUGCGGAACUGUUGACUGGCUAUCCACUUUUACCCGGAGAAGAUGAAGGUGAUCAGCUGGCAUGUAUGAUUGAGUUACUGGGUAUGCCUUCUCAAAAGCUUCUAGAUGCUUCAAAAAGGGGUAAAAAUUUUUUUAGCUCCAAAGGUUACCCACGCUAUUGCACUGUUACAAGUCUGCCUGAUGGUUCCGUGGUAUUAAAUGGUGGUCGUUCACGAAGAGGUAAACUAAGAGGCCCCCCUGGAAGUAGAGACUGGGUAACUGCUUUAAAGGGCUGCGAUGAUCCUCUGUUUCUUGAUUUCCUGACACAAUGUUUAGAAUGGGAUCCUUCUCUCCGGAUGACACCUAGCCAAGCACUGCGCCAUCAUUGGUUAAGGAGGCGGUUGCCCAAGCCUCCAACUGGGGAAAAGAUCUCCACUAAAAGAAUAACAGAAAGCACUGGUGCUAUAACAUCUAUUUCUAAGUUACCUCCAACAUCAGGCUCAGCUGCAAAGUUAAGAACUAAUCUGACCCAGAUAACGGAUGCCAAUGGAAAUAUUCAGCAAAGGACAGUCUUGCCAAAGUUGGUUAGCUGAUUUAAUGGACAUCUUACAUUGAAAACACCUUGCUGAGCCUUAUGCAUACAAAGCAGCAACUCGGAUUUGUACCAUUUUUAAUUGCUCAGAUUAUUUUAAAUACAUUGUUUGUGCAACAAGUGUAUUUUUAUGUAAUCAUGAAAUUGUCAAACAACGGGGACAAUGCUUUAAGGUUUUAUACCUUUUUGUGAUUUGUAAUUGGCCUUGCUUUAACAUAGGAAGUGUCAAAUUCAGUGGCUGGCCACUGAUUACUACUUGACUGUUAAAACUUAUUUAUUAAUGUCAAAAGUGUUAGUUAUAAUUCAUUCAUAUUCAACAGGAUUAUGCUCUGGGUGCCAUAGGCAAUUUAGAGCAUUGAAAACAUGUUUAAUACACACUCACACAGUAUAGAUGUGUAGAUCGGUGCAUUUUGGCUUCUGUUAAAUGGGCCUUGCACAAAGCUGGCACAAUAGUAUAUACAGUAACAUUUGUUUGCAUUUGGAGCAAUUACAUGAAACUGAUUUGUGAAAGGUACUGCCUUUAUACUUCAAAUUGAGCAGUUGAAUCACUUCAUUUAAUAAAGGUAGCUUAAUACCUUUUUUCUUAUUUUUGACAUAGCCAAAGGAUUUCAUUUUACCUUAAUAAAUAUACCUUUAGAUAUAUUCUAUAUGUAGGUGAUUAAAAAAACGUUUUCUCAACAUGAAAAGGGCAUUGACGAUAAGCAAAUUUUUAAACUAUUGCUUUGUGUUGAUUGCUAUGGGUUUUUUUUGGGGGGGGGGGGAUAUCUAAUGGUUUUAUGCAACGUGAAGUCAAUUUAGUAUUUUUAAUGUAAGAAUAGCGGAAGGCAUUGGUAUUACUGAAGGAUCAGUAGGAUGUUCAUAUUUAUAAAGGAAAAAAGAAGUGUUGCAACCUUGUGCUGUGAAACAGCUUUGUGUAUUGGGAUUCAAUUAAAAGCUGUAGUUUGACUGUUAUCCCCUUUCCCUUUAGCCUACAGAUUGCUUAGCUGUGAGAUUUUGUUCUUAAUCCCUUGCAGUUUGUAAGCCACACUUUUAAAGGAGCAGUUCAACCAAACAAUGUUAGAUAUCAAUAGAAGUACUUUAAAUGUGCAUUAGUAAUCUUUGUAUACUUGCCAUGAAAGGUGUUCUUUCCUCUCUUCAUUUAUCUCCACUACAUUGUUAAUUACAGUAGCUCAAAGCUUUAAGCUAAAAAGUUGUUUAGAUAAGUUUGAGCUAUGAAUGGCAUUUUAAGUACUUUUAUACAUAUUUGACAUUUUAUUUUUUGUGAAAUGUCCAAAAAUGUAGGUUUAAUUGGAAAGUGUGGGUAUAAUUGUGGUUACAUUAAAUUUGCAGCUCUGCUUUUUAAUUUUUAUGUUACUUAAAGCAUGGUCCCCAAACAAUGGCUAAAAUGUUUCUGGCUACAUUUUUAAAUUUAAGUGCAAGUCGAAUAGCAAAGAGAUAAUAAUGGAUAUAACUAUUUACUUCAAGUUUCAAUUUGGAUUCAGACCACACUUGUAAUCCAGCAGCAGGUCAGGCCCUUCUUAAUGUACAUUAGGGUUAAACAGGAAAUCAUUAUUGUAGUAAUCAUCAUCCUGUAUAAUUGCAAGGGUAUCCAGGACAGUAUAUAAGCACGUACCGCAACUUUCACCCUACCUGCCUCUCUUCAUUUACUGCUUUUUCCAUCCCACUGGAUGCCAUUCAAGCAGCUCAAGGAUCUCCUAGAUCCUCAUGUUGCAGUUUUGUUAUGGCAGUCGUAUUUUCUCAUUCUUUGGUGGGAGAUUCAAAAGCAACAGUACCUCAAUAUUUUAAAACAAAAAUCAUCUUUUAUGUUCUCACCACUGAAAACAGAUUGCACUAUUUUGAUAUCUGAUUCUGUACCAGAAACUUUUAGACAAGGGGCAACUCACAAGCACUACCAACAUUGUCGGUUGCUGAGCGGGAACCCCCUUUUGAUACAUAUUUGGAUUUGUUUUCUUGGUAUUUGAGUAAGGCGGUGUAUAAAGUCAAAUUAUAAGAAACGGACAUUACUUGUCCUUACUUUCCCAUGAAUGUCCAUUCUGCCAUUUUCGAAGGUAAGUGCUUAUAGAAUGCUGGCUGAAGCUAACUUUGUUUUUACCUUAAGGGCUUCAGUGGUUGAUCUGUAAUAAGUUGUCUUGGAAACAGUACUUUGUCUCACAGGUUACCAUUGUCUAGGGAAGUCUUACCUAUUUGCAGCAUUUGGGAUAGCACAGUAUGAUGCUGUAUCCUUGGUUGCAGUCUCGCAUGGCACAUUCCAUGCACAUAUUGAGACAUUUUUGUCACACAAGUGUUUUGCUAUAUGAGUUCAACACUUUGAAACAAGAAGUGUUUAUAUAAACACUACAGGAUACUUUGUGAACUUAGUGUGAAUUAUGUGCCUUUUUGUUAUUAGUGCUACAUUGUCAGGCAUAUUUUGGCCUACUUUACUCUAUAAAGUAUAGCAGGUAAAGGCAUCUAUAAUACAGUUUUACUCUAAUAUGUCUUAAAAUAUUCAUCAUGCUAAGAGGCCUUAAAAGUAACCAUAGCUCUAGCAGGUUGUUUAAGGCUGGCCAAUUAUGCUGCUAGAAAAUGCUUCCUUAGACUGUGAGGUCCUGAAAGACCUGUUGGUUACCUGUUAUACUUUUUAUCAUUUCUUUUUUUUUUCAGGGUUUUGAUUAUGCUUAUACUAGUGAACAAUCUUAAAAAUGUGUUUGUAAAAUUUACCUCAAACUGUUUUUCAUUUUUAUGGUGUGAUCAAUCCCAGGGCAUUUGGUAAGAACCAAAGUGCAUUCCUUUUAUAUUUGCUGGUUGGAAUAAACCAGCCAGUGAUUUUUAUAAUUUAGGUGCAACGCACAUAAGCCACUUUUAAUGUAUAGUUCGGGUAUACAUCUCUUGGACAUUGGGUUGUAUUGGAAUCUCAAAGAAGAAUCUAAACUGUUAAUUAUACAGUAUAUAAAAAAAGCCCUUGAUUCUUUCACUUCUUCCGAGAUUCCCCCACAUCCCAAUUUUAUGCAGCUUGCAUAAAAAGACACAUUGAAUUCUUUCUUGUUGGCACUUUUACAGCUCUGCAAAACAUUUUGGUUCUGAAAGGUAAUUUUUAACUGCUCACAAAACCUCUACAGUUGUCUAGGCCAUGACAAUUUCUAUUGAGCACCAUCUUAGACAUGUGACUGUAAUAUGCUGCAAUUGUGUGUACUGAUGAUAUGUGAACAUUUGGAGUGAAUGUGGACUUUGUGUAUAAUUUGUGUACAUUUUCUGUAAGAUGCUGCUGGCGCCACUCUACAUUCCCUAUAAUGUAGUGGAAUAGAAUCAAAGUGGCGAAAUUUAUAAUACUGUAUGUAUUGUACAGCAGAUGAUGGAAAUAUGACAUUUUAGUGAACAUUUGUUACAUUUUAUUGUUGUGGCCAGAGAUCAUUUCAGAAUAAAAAUGUAUGUUCUA